CUUCCGGCGUCGGGCCCCGCGCGCCCUUUCCCGGCGGCGGUGCCUCUCCCUUAGACAUGCCGUUCAUUGAGCUGGACACGAACUUGCCCGCCAACCGCGUGCCCGCAGGGCUGGAGAAGCGGCUCUGCGCGACCACCGCCGCCAUCCUGAACAAACCUGACGAUCGCGUGAUCAUUACAGUUAGCCCUGGCAUGACCAUGAUGCUGGGUGGAUCCACAGAGCCUUGUGUCCAGCUGACCGAGACCUCCGUCGGUGUGGUAGGCGCAGCUGAGGAGAACCGCGGCCACAACGCCUGUUUCUUUGAGUUCCUCACCAAGGAGCUGGGCCUGAACCAGGACCGCAUAGUUAUCCGCUUUCACCCAGUGGAUCUCUGGCAAAUUGGGAAGAAGGAAACAGUCAUGACAUUUUUGUGAUUGGCAACAAGGAUUCGUGGCAUCUGUGAGCUGGCCGUCCUGUCCAGAGGCCUGAUAUUAGCAACCCUUCUGCAGAUGUAUCUGUGGCUUUACCUCAGUUCUUCUCUUCACUAUCCUCACACCAAAUAAAGAAUAUCAUUAUUCAAA